UUUUGACAGUGUCUGUAGAUACUCUGUCAUACUACAACAUGUUGUAUGAUGUUGCAGACUUGUGUUCUUAGAGAACAUGUAAAGAUCUUACAUGUUGUACAGUGGUGUCACUCCCGCAUUGCCGUUAUCACUGACACGUGUAUAGUUCUCAGAACGCUUAACAUAGAACUUGGAUUUCUAUGUCUUUCUGCGCAUCGUCCUUUGUCACCUUUCAGCCUCAGCAGUUAACUCUGGAAUUCCGAUCAGGCUGCUUUCCCUUACAGACGCUUGUGCGGUAAGGGAAAUCGAAAGUUGGAAGAUUUACCAUCUAGUAGGAUCCUAACAGUCACAGAGGGAGUGUUCUUGUGUAUCACAGCAGUACCAGAAAAAAAAAUGUCAGACACUGCACGUAUCGGUAAAUCACGUCCUAUUCUAUUUAUAAAAAUGAUAAUAGGACACAAUUGGUGUACAUCUAAAGAGAUUUGAUAAUCGGAGCAGCGACAUACUUAAAAGUCCCUAUAAAAUAUAGUGCAGUAAGCUACUCUGACCAGAAAGCCACAGCUGUGCUGACCAGAAACCUGUCGGAAUAAAACCAACUGUAAUGUUAUAACAGGCCUGGAUGUACUUACAGCUGUUACUACCUGCGAGCCUGGACUACUGUAAACAAUGAAGUCAGACAGAAUAACAGUUGUAAACCAUGCCCGUGUGACUAUGUGUCGGAAAUCUAUUUGCCCGUAAAAGAAUGAACACAGUCCGGGUAUGAGACCUCCGGAUCCAGCCACCAUCUUGUAUUCAUUCGUCUGCUUUAGCCUGCUUCAUCUACAACGUUCCAUGGCGUCUCUCAUUCCUCAGACAUAUUUCUGCGGUUCAGAGAUAUGUGCCGGCUUGCCUGUAAAGCGGAAGAGUUUGGACCAGGACCCUGACCAGGCUACCUUCACACCCACGGCCCAUAUCACUUUACCUCUCAAUUCCAGCGUAUUUAUCGACACAUUAUUAGACACGGCGCCUUGUCCACCUAUCCAACGCGUCCAGCUCCUCUGUGAAUCGUGGUCAAACAAGGGUAACAAGUUGACUUGUGAGGAGAGAACACAGAUUCUGUCAAGGUGUGUUGAAGGAUUACCUAUUGGCGACAUUUGUGCAGUGAUUAGGAAAUGUCCAUUUACAUGCACAGCAUUCGCUAAAGUUCGGGAUUUACAUUGUCCUAAACAAUCUGCCAUACCGGAAACCCUACCGUCAGUAAGUGUCACCAAACCUACUAUAAUGACAUCUGUUUCUUAUGGUGUAAAUUCAACCAAUGGUUCUGAUUGGUCUUCAACUACAUCAGGAGCUGGAGGGGGUGUAAUAGUUGAUAAAGACGACGGAAGACUACAGGGAGAGGUCGUCAUCGUGCUCAUCGCUGUCUGUGUGUUCGGCUUUGUUUUCCUUCCUCUUAUCGUCUACUUUUUACUGGAUAGUGAUAACAGGACGCGGAUAUCCCGUUGUUGUGGAAGGAUGUGGUCAUGCUGUACACGAGGGUUUUGGUCUUGGUGUAAGUCCAAAAUAUGCCCAACUCACGAACGAUUCAACAAUGAAGAUAAUAAAAAGGACGAAGUCGUUGAAGAGAUAGUCGCCAUUUCCGCCUUGAACGCUGUAGAAGCAUCGCCCGGCAGUAAGAACCCAGCCGGGUCCUAUACCAAUGAUAGUGGCAUUGGGUUUGAUCUAGACUUUCCGGAAGCAGAUGAACAAACACCGGAUGAAUAUAGAAAUACUCCCUGGAUACAACGAAGAAGUUUAUUGGUUGAAAAUGACUUUGAAUUUGAUUGGUCACACCUCUGACCCAAUAGAAACGUUUUUGUUUAAUUUAACUUACCAAUAAAGUGACCUGAGUUUGGUUUUAAACAUAAAUGUGUUACAAUCAAAGCAAAUAAUUUCCAUUAGUGUGGAACACAGCUGUCAUAUCCGUUAAUCUGUAUUAACCUGAAUUAAGAGAUAUGUGACCAGGAUUAGAUGGGCUAUAUUAACCGGAUAAGGAGAGGCUCUGUGAUCUGACUAUGAUUAGAGCGGUUUAGUGACCUCUAUUUGAGGCUGUGUGAUCUGAAUGAAGAGGGCUGUGUGAUCUGGAUAAGAUACGCUGUGCAACCUUGUCUAUGAUUAUUGUGUGAUAUAUAUAGAAGGGCUGUGUCAUCUGAAGUAGGAUGGUUGCAUGACUUGUAAGACGGGUUUAGGGAAACCAAAUUAUGAGGAUCUUGUGGCCUGGAGUAAGAUUGCUGUGUGCACUCUGAUGACCGUCCUUUCUGAACUUCAUGCCAUGUUAAAAGGGAGAUCACUCUAUUAUACUACGCUGUCUCUCAAAUCACCUGAAAGAAGUGGAUUUAUGAUACAUGUUUGUAUAAAAAUGAUGGACAUGUAUAACCAUUCAGCAUUACGUUUGAAACUGUUAACAUGAAGAAUGCAUUUUGGAUGUCAGUAGAUGAAAACGUAAUAAAUCUUAUAUGAAUUAUGGAAAAGCAAAAGAAGUUGUUAGAUAUAUAACCAAAAUUACUGAUUAAAUAACCGGUUCUUAUCAAUAACACGUGCCUGUUUAUAAGGAAUCAAAAUACUUGUAUGUUGUUAUGUUAGCAAUAGGGAAUGUGUAAUAUAAACUUAUAUAUCUUGUAUUUUGUCUAUCAUUACGUGUAAUUGUAAUUUAUAUUUUACGUUUUACUGUUGUCUAGCAAACAAGUAGUUAUUAUUUGAAAUGUGUUGCUGAACAUAUCGUCCCUAUGUGUUGUAGAUUUUGUGUGCCAGAUCUGUUGCAGUUAUUAUUUCCACUACGUGUACGCCAGAGAGACAAAAUCAUUGAUCAAUAUUUAUUAAGAGAUUGUUGUGAAGAAUAAGACAAAGACUAGCUUUGCCUACUAGAGUUGCAGUCCUUGCCAAUCCCCUGUCGCUGAAGAAGUUUGACUGAGCUUAUUAUGUUUCAUAUGAUUAUCACAGAAAAAAAAAUCAAACAUCCAAUUAUCUCCCUUUUUAUAAAGAACAUAACGGAGUUGGUGCUUUUGUGUCUGUUUGUCCGUGGUGCAGAGGUAAUCACAGGUUGUAUAUUACUAAAUUGUUAUAACAUUGUACAUCACAUUAAUCUGUAAUGCCUGGAGACUGAUUGUACAGUAGAUGUUUUCUUGAUAAUCGAUCUACUGAAAAAUGCGUUUAUUAUUUUUUGUUGUUGCUUAAAUUGCAUUCUCCAAUAAGAAGGACCAAUGAUAUAUCAUAGCGCUCUGGCGAUACAACAUAGAGCUAACUUCUGAGACGUAAGAUCAUAUACAGAUGUAUACUCAUGUAGACAAAGGAUUCACAUAAGAACAUGUCACAUCCUCAGUUAUUUAUAUCACAUUUUACAAAAUAAAAAACUUUGCUGUAUUUGUACAUUUUAAGCAUGGAUCAAUGCAGCUACAUUGAGACAAAA